UGGCCAAUAGACACACGAGGCAGAGUGUGUGUGCACGCGAGCGGGCUAGAGAGAGAGUUAGAAAGAGAGAGAGAAAGAGAGAGAGAGAGAGAGAGACUGUCCCCCUCACCACUGGACUUCAUAUGACAAGAGGCCAUAGAGAGAGAGAGGUUGAGAGACUCCACAACAACUUGUCUGACUUUUGUUUAGACGUUUAUAUUUGGUCUAAACGUUAAAUUUUGUCCAGAACUUGAACUUAAAAGCAACUUUUUAAGCUCUUGUUUUACGGAUGCCGCAAAAACAAAAAUCCGAAAAAACAAAUUUGAUAAAUAGAACAGUGCUCCAGUCGCAGGCAAACCACCCAAUGCCUCAGUCGAUCUGCUGCCUUCGUGGGACGAGCUGUAUGUAAAUCUCUCUCUCCAGUUUCGGGGGGCUCGAGUCUGUGAGUCCGCCUCUCCGCGCGCGCCGCUGACGCACAUUAAAGCCUCCCCUUCGCUUCCGAGCUGCGACCAAUCACCAGCACACGGGCUCCACGGCAAAGCUCCUUCACGGGACUAAUUAGACUCUCCUGAACUAACCUCACAUCCUGCAACAAACCGGUGGAGAAAUAAGAAGAAGCGAGGAAAAAAAAGAGACACGCAACAAAACAAACCCCGUCACGUCCAUGGAUGCGGUGGAGGACUCGACGAUGCAUGUGGGGCAACAUCAACAUUUGUGAAGAAUCCCUUCUUAUUCUUCUUUUAGCACUUCUUCAGUUGCUUCUUCUGGUUCCUCUCGGGUUCCUCCGCUCUGGUCCCGCGUGUGGAGUAAAACUUUGUUUGGAUUUCGACUUCUCGCACUUCCCUUCUCCCCCUGCUCUCUCUCCCUCGCUUUUUAAAGACAAUGUUUCAGCCCGCGCCCAAGCGCUGUUUUACGAUAGAGUCGCUGGUGGCCAAGGAUAAUCCUCUACCGACGGCAGUGUCGGUUGCGGCGGCGUCUCGAGCCGAAGAACCCGUGCGCCCUGCGGCGCUCAGCUACGCCAACCCGAGCCCCGUCAGUCCCUUCCUCAACGGCUUCCACCCAGGAGCGAGGGCCGUCUACUCCAGCCCGGAGCUGGUGUUCGCAGAGGCCGUUUCGCACGCUCCGGGAUCCGCCGUGCCACCGGUGCACCCGGUGGCGCCACACGCACACGCCCUCGCCGCCCACCCGCUCUCGUCCUCGUCGACGUCCGCGGCGCACGGGCCGCAUCCACUUUUCGCCGGACAGCAAAGGGACCCUUCUACGUUUUAUCCUUGGCUGAUACACCGUUACAGAUAUCUGGGACACAGAUUUCAAGGGAACGAAACGAGUCCGGAAAGCUUCCUUUUGCACAAUGCACUGGCCAGAAAGCCCAAGAGGAUCCGCACUGCGUUUUCACCUUCCCAGUUACUGCGGCUCGAGCACGCUUUCGAGAAGAACCACUACGUAGUGGGAGCGGAGCGCAAGCAGCUAGCCCACAGCCUCAGCCUCACAGAAACUCAGGUAAAAGUUUGGUUUCAAAACAGAAGAACGAAGUUCAAGCGCCAAAAGCUGGAGGAGGAGGGUUCAGACUCCCAGCAAAAGAAGAAGGGCACCCAUCAUGUAAAUCGAUGGAGAAUGGCCACCAAACAAGGAAGCCCUGAGGAAAUAGAUGUCACAUCGGACGAUUAAAAUUUUAAAAUAAAAGACGUUUUUUUAAACAUAAAACAGACUGUCUGCAACCCAGGACAGGAACUUGCGUCGGCUUGAAGGACGACACGGAUGAGGGGAUGCUGUGUGCUGGGAAAGAGACUAAAAGACUGAGCGAGAGAGAGAGAGAGAAAAGAGAGUGAGGGUAAAGCCAAUGGUCACAAUUCCACUCUUCGGCAGCUUGAGGGUGAGAUAUUCCUGUUGGUGGCACUGCUGUCACUAUACGAGCGGACUGUCAAUACUUUGUCCACGUUGCCAAAACGAGAUGAUUGACAGGUAUUACAACAUGUUCUGUUCACCCCCCACCACUACUACUACCCCCCACCCACCCUAGAGAAAACAACAUAACUCCAAUGCAUAAGACAUUUUGCACUUCUGAUAAUUUUAUUAUUUUAUUUUGGGCAAAACGUGAAACGCUCCUCUCCAAGAUACCAAAACACACGACUGUUUUUGUAAAAAAAAAAAAAAAACUUGAAUUGCAUGGUAGAGCAAUGGAUUAUUAUUAUUAUUAAUAUUAUUAUUAUUAAUAUUAUUUUUGGUAUAGGUGAUUUAAUUUGACUUCCCGUAGACUACGAAUUUGUUUCAAUUCUAUUUUUUGACCUGAGAAAUUGUUGUGUGCUUCUUCCGUUUUUCCUACGACAGUGUGGAGUCUUUGAAUUUAUAAUUAUCGUGUUCAAGUGGUUGUGAAGAAAAUGAAAAGAAAAAACAAAACAAGAUGAAGUAGCAGUGCUGCGUUAUAGUGUUUUUUAAGAAGCGAAAAAACGAUAAAAAACAAACAUUUUCAAACUUUCUAAAAGUUUGCCAUAAAAACGUACGAUAAGAAAAUAUCAGUAACAUUCCUUGAAAAAUUCCUGGAAGCUUUACCAUUACUCCCUGUUCUCACCCCUCAUUUAAAGAGUUGCCACGAAGGACUAAAUACGCAAGAAUUGGCAGCACAGAAAAAAACUUCAAGCACUGAGCGUAUAUUCCAUGUACAGAGAUCCUAAAAAGCUAAUGCUUCUGUUAAAUUCUCUUUUACCAGAAUGUAAAUAAUUUUUUGUGUUUUGUGUUAAGUUUGCUACAAUUUUAACACAAAAAACAUAUACUUCCAAGAAGUAUAUAAUUGUCAAUAUUUUGUCAAUAAAGUUUUAUCAUGUUGCUGAGAAUAAAAAUCGACUCAGGAUUUGUAAGCGGGAGUUCAACUGAAAUUUACGCCUCAUUGUGCUCAUUUUUGGGGGGUUAAGCAAAAGCUUGCUUUUCAGUAGUGUAUUGGCAGGUGCGCUUCCAUCAGAUUUGCAGACUGGAGUCAUAUAUGGUCAUUGUCACGCAACAAUCAGUACUGCUUGGUUCAUUUUUUAAGCUUUUUCACUUUUCAGAAAUGUAGGAUAAAUUAAUCAAUGGUAGUGCUCAAUCUUUUUUCAAUUCCACAUAAUGUGGAGACAUUUUUCCUUCUACUGUUAAGGAUGCAUUUUGAAGAUAUAAAUAUAAUAUAAAUAUAAACAGUAUUUGUUUUAAAAAAAUCUAUUCAAUCAUUUAAAAAUCGCACCGUUCCCGCUGUUUUAUGCUCAUUUAAUGCUGUAAAAAUAUGCAAGGUUGUUAUUUUUUAGAAUAUUUUAAAUGUUUUUUUGUGUUUAGUUUUUUUUCUACCUCAUUUGCCUCUCAGCCCUGAUAGACGGCAUUAAUCAGUUUUAUUUCCAUUGACAGAGAAGCAGCAGUCUGCUCUGUUCUGGCCUACAAAGAGUCCUCCGAGCUUUUUGUGCAAGUGCAAAUCAGUUUAGGCAAUUAUCAUACGAGUAAUAUGGGGGCGGGGGGGUGGAAGAGGGAUGCAUUGCCCAGUGGUCCACUUUAAUCUGUUAAUCCGUGGAUCCAAAGGGGCCUGGUUGGACAUAAUUUAGUACAAUCUGACUACCCCUCACAAGGCGAUAAGGGAAGGUUUGCAAUGUGCUUUGCUUUGUUUAAGACCGUGUCCUUUAAAAUCGCAUAGCAUUUAACCUACACGCCACAAUUUCACCAAUAAGGCUGGUUAAAAAAAUAAAGCAGUGCAUAAAGUAAAAACUUGCUCAUGUAAAAUUUGCGUAGCAAUUUCUUACUGGGCAGAAAAUUACGAUAAGUCUUAAACUAGACACAAGACACCUAACACACAAAUUUUUAUACUCUGUCUAUGGCAGAUAUACAUCCGCCGUAUGGAAGGUUUUUCCGUUAUUAUAAAAAUGGUCUGUGCACCAAAACGGCAAUAAGAAAAAAUCUUCAGAGAAUACCAUUAGCUUUGAAAACCCCCUAAAAGCUUUAUUACACACCCAGCUUUGAAAUAGAGGGAUUAGAAGGCUGAAAGGGUCCCACAAUAGUUAGAAGAAAAGGUUUCAUGCUAAUGAGGUUAAUGCCCUUUGUAUCUCCGGACUCCACAACUUCAUUACUCCCUAUCUGGAGCAACACGGAGCGGCUCAGAGCCCACAAUCCACUCGAGCUGUUCCCCUACCCUGCCUAAAGAAGGGAUUUGAUAGCCGUCCUGUUCAAACUAGAUAAUUAUAUCUUUUCAAGUUGGAAUUAAGAUAAAGAAAAGUGCAGUGAAGGCGGUGAGCCUUGAUCCGCAGCAAACAAAUUUGGCGCACUUUCUGCGUCAAAAGACAAGACAGGACCCCCUCCUCUACCCAACAACCCCCCUCCCUCCAUAAUCAUUACUGCCAGCCCCUUUAUUAAUUUUACACUGCCAAUUUACAGGCGCCCACUGUUCACUGUUUUACAUUAUUUAACGGCGGGCCAAUUAGCUUUAAUCAAGUGUAUUUUGGCCAAACAGUCUAGGCACUGGAAACUUUUAAUAACCUAUUUGUUUCUGUUUUAUUGGCCUAGAAAACAGUGGUGUUUUUUUUACCUACUCGCGUGCCAGGGUUCCCAUAUUCAUAAUGUAAAAAAAAAAUCCCCGUGUCGCUUUAUUGCAAAGAUAAUAGGGAUCCGCUAUUUGGCAACUAUCUUAGUCAACAACUCAGGACUACUGCUUAUGAGUUUGACCUUACAGGCAAUUAAUUGAUUUGCUUUGCGAACAAGCACGCGGGUCUGAGACCCCCAUGACCCGCUAAGCCAACCCCAGCUUGGGGGUAACUCCGGAGGGCAACUUAAACCCGCAUUGGCACGUUUAUGGAGUAGGAACGCGAUUGGAGCAUGCAGGAACUGUCCCAAACAAAUCCAAUGUAGCUUUAAAACAGGCUCUCAAAAAUAAAGGUUAAAAAAAGUGGUUAUUUCUGUUUUAAGAUUUUACAUAGAUUUUUUUCGAACGAUAUAUAUAGAUAGGGAAAGAAAGAGGUAAAAGCAGAAGAAGUAGACGUGUAAAACCUGCUCCUUUCUACGAGUGAUGCUCAAUAAUUGCCCGUCAUUUCAAACACCCGCCUAUCAAAUAACCCCAGUGACCCAAAACCUCUAAUCUGCAAUUACCAGCUUUAAUUACAUCCGCUGAUCCCACUAAUAUGAAUGGCAGUUUUCACAGGACUCGGUGCGCGGGAUAAAGCCAUGCUUUGACCCUCACUACUACCUGCAAAGCAUCACACCAGUAUGGAAAUGAAAGUUCAAGCUCCAGUGCCCGAAAUGACAGUAGUUUAUUCUGACAAAUGGGAAAGUCGAGGACCUGUAGCCAACCCGUCGUACCUGAGUGCCUAUAUAUCAGGCCUACACACUGCAGUUCUAUUCAACUUAUUAGAGCUGACGCUGGCCGACUUUAGCUCACAUUGGCCUUGAACUUCACAGCUAUCUGUUUGUAUUUAUUACGAAAUAUCUUGUUUCAUUGUGCAGUUGCGUUUUUUUUUCGCGGUUUUAGAUUACGUUUAAUUCUAGAUUAUCGUAUAUUUUCUCUUUAGUCAAAUCAGUUUUACUGUUUAUACAGUUUAUAUCACAUAUCCUUUUUUGUAUUUUGAAAACGGAAACAUCUGCUUAUUUUCAUUGCUUAACUGGAAGUCAUUGUAAAUAUUGGGCAUAAUUCUAUUCUGGAGUUUUUAAAUAACUACAAUAUUUUUAAUAUGCAAAAAAAAAAAAAAAAAAAAAAAAAAAAAACGAUAAAAAUGCACCUCAUAGGUUAUGCUUUUCAGCGCAGCUUAUUUCAAAUUAACCUACAAGUGUUUUGUCUUUUAUUUAUUAUUAGCGUUUUAAGUGGAGUCUGUGAAAUACAUAAUAUUUACCAGAUCAAUCAAAAGCAAAGUCUUUUAAUUCCGUAUUUGAUAUGACAUUUAUUAAAUGAUCUGGCUGACUUCACGUUUAACUGAGAUUCAAAUAAAAGUUUAAUAAGUCUAUUAGGUACAGGGUUUAAUACAUGCUGUAAACAUUAUUUUAAUUAAAAACAUCAUUCUAUGAAUUAUAUUUAAGAAGGCUAUUAAUUUAAUGCUUUUAUUUUUAUACAAUUAAUUUAUGCACCAUUUUUUGUGCACAUUUAUUUAUUGAUUUAUUUAUGCUGAUAUAUUUAUGAUAUUUUUAUGUGUGCACGAAAAAAGUACAGACGGUGCAAACAUUAAUUUUUAUUGUCAUUUUUUUUGUAAAAUAUCAAUUUUUAUUUUUUAUUUAUUAAGUGUUUAAGUGUGGCGACCCUUCAAAAGUUGGUUCUAUUUAUGACGCACUUCUUUUGAAAAGAAAUGAAUAAUUUGCGGACCCGGCGCAGGCCAUUUUUUUAAAUAGAUCUAAUAGUUACAAAAAGGAAAGAUACCUUCAGUGUUAAGGGAGUGUUUGGCUGUAGCGUGCAUAACAAUAAUAAAUAAUAAAACAAUAUAACUAAAUUGCACAUGAUUAAACAAGCCACGGGUCGAUGUAAUAAAGGUGACAUCAACACGAGCAUUAAAAAAAGUUUAUUAAACAAAAUAUGUAAAAAUAGAUUUUUGAUGGUAAAAAACAUUUGAUGGCAUUGUGGCUUUUAAUAAUAUACUUGUUUUAACAGAUAAGUUUAACGCCAACUAUUCAUUACAAAAAGCACUAUUUCAGUACAAUGAGAAUAGAAAAGUGUGUUGCUGGAAUGACGCAGGCUUUGCGCUGUUAGAGAAAAUAUAUGACUCCAGGACAGGAUUUCUGUACACAUGCAUGUAAAGUUUCCCACGUGGGCGUGUGAGUUUAAAGUGGAACAAUUCACGAGAAUUCAUGCAUUGUGGUGGCCUAUUGGGAUUUAUGUAACUUCAUGUAACGUUAAUUAUGAAAGUUAUGUAUAUGGUGCAGCUGUGAUUGUUUUGGGAAAAUAAUUAAGUAAAAGUGAGGGUGUGGAGUUUUUGGAUAAUUUAAUUCAAUAGAAAUAUUUUUAGUCAGUGAGUUUCGUUUAAAGAAAUGACCGGAUCAGAGCCCAGUUUAACAAAACGUUCAAAUCAUCUUAGAUACGCAGACAGGAUGUACGGUGUGAUGCUCAAUUCUUUGUGCUAAGAUGCUUUUGGUACACCCAGACCAAAUAGACUUGAUAUAAGUAUUAAAAUAAAAAACAAAAAAUAUAUAGCAAUAUAGUAUUUUCUGUAACUGUAAGCUCCAUAUUUAGUUUAAUUUUUUAUGCGUUUAUGUGGCAUUUUUUCAAAAUCUUAUACACUCUUGGACAACUCAAGUAUACAUGCGUGUUUUGUUACUGUCUCUUUAAGAGUGACACACGUAAGUGAGCUCUGUUCUGGCUGACUGGCUCUAGUGACUUCAUGCUAAUAAAAGCGGCCUUGGCUGAGAAA